GAAUCGCCCUUGAUGCCAGCACAGUUGCAACAGUUUGGAUCCCAGGGCAGGUUCCGGACCGUCGGGCUUGGUGGUGCUUUUGCCUGGAGUCUCUCUGAAGGACAAUGGAACAGCAGGACCUCAGGGAUCACCCGCAAAAGAAAGACCCUCGCGGAGGGGAGUCCCCGCCCCAAAGGACAAGCAGAGAGAUCAAGCAGGAACCGGAUGAGGGAUCCCUUCAGCAGUGGGAAGCUCAGUGGCGGGAGUUCCUGAAGACGGUGGAGACCCCGCGUUCGGGGAGCUCUAAACCGCCCGAGGAUCCGUGGGAAAAUAGCUUGGCCUUCCUGGACUCCUUCGAGCAAGUGGCCCGAGCCUGUCGGUGGCCCGAGGAGGAAUGGGUGGCCCGGCUCCAGCCAGCCUUGAGGGGAGAAGCCGAGCAGGCCCUUCUGAACCUGGAAGGAUGCAGCAAGGGGGAUUAUGGGAAAGUGAAGGCAGCCAUUUUGCAAAGGGAUGCCCAGCGGCGGGAGGAACAGCGCCAACGUUUCCGGCGCUUUCGUUACCAGGAAGCGGAAGGGCCCCGGGGGGCUUACAGCCGACUCCAGGAACAUUGCCAGCGGUGGCUGAAGGCGGACGUGUGCACCAAAGAGCAGAUCGUGGAGCUGCUGAUCUUGGAGCAGUUCCUGGCCAUCCUACCGCCGGAGAUGCAGCGCUGGGUCCGGGCGUGCGGCCCAGAGAGCUGCUCCCAGGCCGUGGUCUUGGUCGAAGACUUCCUUGGGAAGAAGGAAGAGCUCAACACGUGGGAACAUCAUGCAGGGGUAUUAUCAGAGGAGGCAGCAACAAUCUCCAGAAUUAGCCAAGUUGGAUCUGAGGCUGGGUGGAGGAUGAUGUAUGUGGAGACCAAACAGGAGAACGAUGACGCCUGUACUGAUCUCUUAG